CUGUCACUGCCACCGGGCACCGCCUCGGGAAGGGAGGCGAAGGUGGGAAAGACUUCCCUGCGCUAGAGAGAAGCGCCGCGGGUCGUUGCUUGCUUCUAGUUUAGGGGGUCCUCCUGAGACCCACCGCCUUAGAAACCCAUGCAAAAUAUAAGGGGAUAAAAACGUUCCCGACAGCUCAGGACCCCUUGCACCCCUCUAACUAAACGCAAGCGUUUGGCUUUUUGGCUUGGGGCGAGCGGGAGUGGCCUCCUGACUUGUCGUGUGAAUAAGCUCCCCCUUCCCACAGACAGUUAAAAAUAGUCAGUCGAUCUGUCCCGCGGUGACUUGCCCAGUUUCUCAUGACUCGUUUCGUCUCCAUGCCCACGGAAAGAACGGGGAGAAGAGAGCCGAGCGACACGAAAUGAAGCUGUUCCGGCGUUUUGGCGUUCUCGAGUCUGACAGGACUCUUCGCUGAGGGGUGGAAACGGCGCGCGGGAAUUCCCCAAUUCCCCAACCAGAAAGCGAGGAAACGCCGGUGGCCAAGCUCGACGUGGUCAACCUGUCCGACGAGCAGCACCCGGCCGAGGCAAAACCAUGUCGACCGACCACGGUCCUGAUCAACGGCCUCCGCCUAAAGGACACGGAUGCGACGCGAAGAAGGGGCCCACUUGGGACGGCGAGGAGGUGUGCCGGGCCGGCGAGUGGUCCUUCACGCGCCGCCCGCUGCUGCACGUGAGCCACACGUGGGUGCUGGAGCGGCGCGCGCUGCUUGGCUGCGAUUGGACGCUGCUCACCUCGCGCCGGUUCGGCUCGCGCCAGGACGACGACGUCACGUGGACCGUCAGCCUCGAGGUGGACAACAGCGGCUGCACCUCCGAGUCGCCGCUCCGCGCGGCGGACUCGGCCCGGGUGUGCGUGGCGUUCGGAACGGCGGUGCUGCACAAGCGCGUGUUCCUGAGGGCGGCGCUGCGCGCGCAGGAGGAGGCCGUCCGGGCGGACGAGUCGGCGGCCGCCCUGGAGGUGCUGCGCGCGGCGAGGGACUACUGCGCCAACACGGCCGGGAGGGACGGCAUGACGCGGCUGGACCCCAACAGGCGCGAGUGCAUCGGCACCCUCUACCUGGCCGAGUACGACACGACACCCGUCACCGUGAGGGUCGACAUCGCCUACUUCUCUGACGUGGAGGAGGCGCGACCCGGCCCUGCGGCCGAGUCGCUGUGCGUCCCGCCGUGCUCCCUGUCCGCGGACAUGGAGGCCCUGCUCACGGAGGGUAGGCUGGCGGACGCGGUCCUGGUGGCCGACGGCCGGGAGUGGCGUGUGCACAAGGCCAUCCUGGUGGCGCGGAGCCCCGUGUUCGCCGCCAUGUUCGAGCACGACAUGGCCGAAAGCAAGAGCAGCCGGGUGACCAUCGGGGACGUGAGCGCGGAUGUCCUGGACCAGGUGCUCAGGUACAUGUACACCGGCAAGGUGGACCACAUCCGCGUGCUCGGCGUGGACCUGCUGGCGGUGGCUGACCGGUACGCCCUGCCCCGCCUCAAGGCCCUGUGCGAGGAGGAGCUCGCGAGGAGCGUGUCCCACGACAACGCCCUGGACGUGCUCCUGACGGCCGACCUGCACUCUGCGAAGGAGCUUCGCUGCGCGGCGCUCCAGUGCGUUUGCUCCAACAUCCACAAGGUGCUGGGCUCUGACGCCUGGAAGGAGUUGGUCCGACUGAGGCCGCAUCUGCUGCACCAGGUGCUUGCCAUGUGCGUCAACUAUCCUAUUCCCGACUGAUGUCCUCUUGAAGCAGUACGUAGGUACCGGUAUCGAAGGUGUUUUCUAGAUCAUUAAAUUAUUCACAUGAGAAAAAACUUGACACAUCUCAUUUCAUACUCAAAAAAUUUAUUGAGUGAGGGAUGAUUACCCAUUUUAAAUUGACUUGCAUGUACAAAAUAUGUGCACGAUUGAAUAAAAGCCUUAGAAGCAAAAUGUAUAUGAUUUUUCGAUUCCUUAGUUUAAUUAUUUUAAUGGUGUAAAGCUGUUUAAAAACAAUAUCAUCUAAUUAACAUAGGAUAGAAACUGGUGUGGUAACAAGAUGUAUGGUGAAAUACGUUGUAUAUUGCUAAAAUACGUUGUAUAUUGCUAAAAUAUGUCUUUAAAAAUGUCAAGUUAGGGUACCCAUACCCUGCUCCUCUUAAAACAGUCCAUAGGUAUUACAUUAAUUGUAUCAGGCUGUAUAAAUAUCCUAACAGUCCUCAAUACUACUGACAAAGAUAUAACUAGAUGGAAUAAGUUCUUGAGAGUAAAGGAGAAAUUGAUUAACACUAUAGCAUAUUUUCCUCUGAUGAUUUAACAUAGUACCCAUUCACACCAGGACACAAUAUGUUAUCAUUUGA